GCUGCUUUAAGUCAUGCUGGCCGUGUGUGUGUUUCCACGGUGAUGUCUGGUGGGCAGGCACGCGGGCUGGCUGCCAGCGGCAGGAAGCGACGCAGGACCAACCUGAGCAGAUCCAGCGAAGAGCUGGAGGGGCAUUCCGACGCUCUCACUCCCCCCAAACUCUCGCCCAUGUACCCAGAGGAGGAGCAUGGCAGAGGGGGGGUCUCCUCCACUGUCGACUACCUCGAUGGGGCUUAUGACUACCCCAACCCCGCCCCGGGCUACGGCACCUCAUCCGCAGCCGGACCGGCCGCCGUGGGCUACUACUUGGCACCCUCCGACCCCCAUGUGCCCCCCCCGGAGGCGGGUCUGCAGCCCCUGGUCGGUGGAUCAGCCAGUCCGCUGCUGUUUCUGCCGUCGAGUCCCCAGCUGUCGUCGUACCUGAGCCACGGCAGUGGACAUCAUGCCGCUCCGCAGGUGCCCUACUGCCUGGACUCCACAGCCAGCUCCGUCUACAGAUCCAGUGCGCUGACCAAUCAGCAUGUGGCUGUGGGAACACGCGAGGAUCCGUACAGUGCCACCGACAGGCAGGGAACGUAUGCUGCAGCAAGCAUGUUGGAGCUGGCCAAAGACAUGCGCUUCUGUGCGGUGUGCAGGGACUACGCCUCGGGCUACCACUAUGGCGUCUGGUCCUGCGAAGGCUGCAAGGCCUUCUUCAAGAGGAGCAUACAGGGUCACAAUGACUAUGUGUGUCCAGCUACUAACCAGUGCACGAUUGACAGGAACCGUAGGAAGAGCUGUCAAGCGUGCCGUUUGCGCAAAUGCUAUGAAGUAGGCAUGGUGAAAGGAGGCCUUCGCAAGGAGCGCAGGGGCCGCACCGAGAGGCAAGAGAGGAGGCGCAGCGGCCUCGAGGAGAGGAACCGGGGCUACAGCGAGUUACCGAGCCGCUCCGAUCAUAGAAGAGCACCACUGCAGGACAGGAGGAGGAACUGCAGCAGUAGCACGGGGGAUAGCGCGCUGUACAUAUCUCCAGAGCAGGUGCUGCUGCUCCUGCUGGGGGCGGAACCUCCAUCUCUCUGCUCCCGGCAAAAACACAACCGACCCUACACGGAGAUCACCAUGAUGACGCUCCUCACCAACAUGGCCGACAAAGAGCUUGUGCACAUGAUCGCCUGGGCUAAAAAAGUACCUGGCUUCCAGGACCUCUCCCUGCACGACCAGGUGCAGCUGCUGGAGAGCUCCUGGCUGGAAAUCCUGAUGAUCGGCCUGAUCUGGAGGUCCAUCCACUCACCUGGCAAGCUUAUCUUUGCACAGGACCUCAUCCUUGACAGGAGCGAAGGGGACUGCGUGGAAGGCAUGGCUGAGAUAUUUGACAUGCUCCUCGCCACAGUGGCUCGAUUCCGCGCCCUCAGACUCAAAUCGGAGGAGUUUGUGUGCCUCAAAGCCAUCAUACUGCUCAACUCCGGUGCAUUCUCGUUCUGCUCCACACCUGUCGAGCCCCUCAGGGACAGCUUCGUGGUGCAGUGCAUGCUGGACAACAUCACGGACACGCUCACGCACUGCAUCAGCCAAUCAGGCGUGCCGCCAGAGCUGCAGUGUCGUCGGCAGGCUCAGCUCCUUCUGCUGCUCUCUCACAUUAGACACAUGAGCAACAAAGGUAUGGAACACUUGUAUAGCAUGAAGUGCAAGAAUAAAGUCCAGCUGUACGACCUGCUACUGGAGAUGCUGGAUGCACAUCGGCUCCACUCCCUGAGCAGGACCUCCCGUAGCUGGGCACCAGGCGAGGGGGCUUCCCCUUCUGCCACCCCCACCCCCAACACUACCAACAGCACCAGCACCACCCUCCACAACAGUGGCAGCCUUUCCACGUGUCCCGGGGUCCUACAGCUCAACCCGGCCCGGCCUGAUCAAAGCCCUUGCCCUUGAAAACAGUGGCUACCUGUCCGGUUCCGCGUAAC